UAAUAAAAAAAUCUGACUUCAUUCGUUUAUUACUCUUCUAUCAAACAAGUUUAACUUUUCGUUAGUCAACAAAAUGGCCGAAAAUCUCCAAGUUGAACUCGUUUACUUGUACCCGCAAGAUAACGCAGUCGAGCACAAAACUAAAAACUACGAAAUCGUCAAUGACGAAGAACACCCCGUCGCUGUGUUGCGUCGUGGAAAGAAAUUCAUUACUGCGAUACGUUUCGAGAACAGAAAUUACUCUCCAGCAGAAGACAUUUUAAAAAUCAUUUUUUCUUACGGACCAAAUCCUAACCCGAUAAAAAGAACAAAAGGUGUUUUAACUCUUGGAAAAUCCAAUCCGGAAGUUAGUAACAACUAUCAAUGGACCGCAGAGUUUCUGAGUGAAAACGAAGAUGGCAGUCUUACCUUAGAGCUUUUUGCUCCUGUAGACAUCCCUGUGGGUGCAUGGUCGCUUCAAAUAGAAACAACAAACGUUAAUUCAUUAGACGACAACACUCCGAACAUCUACGAACAUGAAGACGAUAUUUAUUUCUUGUUUAACCCAUGGAAUUGCCACGAUAUGGUUUACAUGCCUGAUGAACGCCUCCUUGAAGAAUACGUCCUCAGCGACGUAGGUAAGAUCUGGGUUGGUCCAUGGGGUUCAACGCGUGGUCGUGAAUGGGUUUUCGGUCAGUUCGCAGCCGCCAUCUUGCCAGCAUGCUUACUAAUGUUUGAACGAUCCAAAAUGGCUCCUGGAAAUUUUGGUGAUCCAAUAAAAGUCUCCAGAUGCAUUUCAAAGUUAGUAAACAGUAACGACGAUGAUGGAAUCCUCGUUGGACGCUGGGAUGGCGAAUACGAUGAUGGGACAGCUCCAUCCGCAUGGACAGGAAGCACGGAAAUACUUGAACAAUUCGUAGAAACACGCCAACCUGUUCAAUAUGGUCAAUGUUGGGUGUUUUCCGGUGUUACUACCACCAUCUGCAGAGCAUUGGGAAUACCCUCCAGAGUUGUUUCUAACCUUGUUUCCGCACAUGACGCAAACUGUACACUCACAGUUGAUAAAUACUACGAUGAGAAUAACGAAGAACUCAAUUAUGAUCCUCUAAACCCGGCUGGUGAAGAUUCCAUUUGGAAUUACCAUGUAUGGAAUGAUGUUUGGAUGGCACGUCCUGAUUUACCAUCGGGUUAUGGUGGUUGGCAGGCGAUUGACGCCACACCGCAGGAAACAUCUUCGGGUUUCUUCCAAUGUGGGCCUGCUUCAGUGGAAGCAAUUAAGAAGGGACAAGUUGGGUUUAAUCACGACGUUGCUUUUAUGAUUGCUUCCGUGAAUGCGGAUCUCAUGCGGUGGAAAAUUGAUCCGAAGAGUGAUUUUGGUUAUACGAAAAUCUACUGCAAUAAAUAUCAUAUUGGAAGAAUGUUGUUGACUAAACAACCAUUUGUUUAUGAUCCUAAUGGUGAUCAGGAUCGUCAGGACAUUACUAGUGAGUAUAAAGCUAAAGAAGGUUCUGAAGCUGAGCGUUUGUCGUUGUUUAACGCUGUGAGAGGCACGGAAAUGGCAAAAACGUUUUAUGAUCUACCCGAUGCUGGUUUGGAAGACGUCACAUUUGAUCUAGUAGAACUCGAGCGCAUCAAAAUCGGAGAAGAUUUCAACGUGACUGUGGAUAUAAAGAACAACAGCGAGGAAGUAAGGAAUAUUUCCGCUGUUUUGUCGGCCGGAAGUGUUUUCUACACGGGUGUUAAAGCUCACGUUGUUAAGAAAGCCGAAGGGUCAUUCAGAAUGGAACCUAAGUCAACUGAACAAUUAAAAAUGACGGUGCGUGCGAAUGAUUACCUCGACAAAUUGGUGGAGUAUUGUAUUAUGAAGUUGUAUGCAGUUUGCACCGUGCAGGAAACCCGUCAGACUUGGGCUGGGGAAGAUGAUUUUCAAGUUUUGAAACCAUCGAUUGAGAUUCGCAUCCCGGAAGAACUUACAAUUGGCGUGCCAACUCAAGUAACUCUUCGUUUCACGAACCCAAUCAAAAAAGAACUCACCCGCUGUCAAUUCAGCGUUUCCGGUCCCGCGUUGCUCCGUAAUCAAAUUAUUGAACACGCUGACGUCGAACCAGAAGGAUUGGUCAAAGGAUUCCUAAUGAUAACCCCGAAAAUCGCCGGAGAGCAAACAAUCAUUGCUACAUUUUCCUCCAAAGAAUUAUUGGACAUUUCCGGAUCCGCAAAAGUUACAGUAACACAAGAGGAGUAAAACAACAAGUUUACACAUUUAACCUACAGAUGGCGACGUUAUAUGAGCCGUAUAACCAGUAGCAUAUCAACACAUGUCAUUUGUUUAUAUAAAUUUAAAAAAUAAAAACAUUUAUAUUCGUCA